AUGCUUGGAGCAGUUAAAAUGGAAGGACACGAACACACCGACUGGAGCACCUACUACGCUGAGCCCGAGUGCUACACCUCUGUGGGCAACAUGAACGCGGGCCUGGGCAUGAACUCCAUGAACACCUACAUGAGCAUGUCCGGCAUGAGCAGCACGGCCAACAUGGCGGCCAACCCCAUGAACAUGUCCUACGUCAACACUGGCAUGAGUCCCUCCAUGACGGGCAUGUCGCCUGGCACCGGAGCCAUGAACGGCAUGGGCGCGGGCAUGACGGCGAUGAGCGCCGCUCUGAGCCCCAGCAUGAGCCCCAUGACAGCGCAGCCUGCGUCUAUGAACGCCAUCGGCUCUUACACCAACAUGAACGCCAUGAGCCCUCUUUACGGACAGAGCAAUAUCAACCGCUCCAGGGACCCCAAAACAUACCGCCGGAGCUACACGCACGCUAAGCCGCCAUACUCUUACAUCUCCCUCAUCACCAUGGCCAUCCAGCAGUCCCCCAGCAAAAUGCUUACGCUGGCAGAGAUCUACCAGUGGAUCAUGGACCUGUUCCCAUUUUACAGACAGAACCAGCAGCGCUGGCAGAACUCCAUCCGCCACUCUCUGUCCUUUAAUGACUGUUUCCUCAAAGUGCCCCGCUCCCCAGACAAGCCUGGGAAAGGCUCCUUCUGGACUCUGCACCCAGACUCAGGAAACAUGUUUGAAAACGGCUGCUACCUGCGCAGGCAGAAGCGCUUCAAGUGCGACAAGAAGCUCACCAUGAAGGAUUCUCGGAAGUCAGGUGACGGCUCUCACAGCAGCUCAGAGAGCUGCAACGGGAACGAGUCCCCUCACUCCAACUCAUCCUCAGGGGAGCACAAACGGGCCAUGGUGGACAUGAAGAGCCAGGCCCUGAGCCCGGAGCACGGGGCAGCCGCGUCCCCCGUGUCCCAGAGUCAGCAGCACCUCAUGUCCCAGCAUCACUCAGUCCUGGCGCACGACGGCCACCUCAAGCCCGAGCAUCACUACUCCUUCAACCACCCGUUCUCCAUCAACAACCUCAUGUCAGAGCAGCAGCAUCAUCACCACAAAAUGGACCUAAAAACAUACGAACAGGUCAUGCACUAUUCAGGCUACGGCUCCCCCAUGGCAGGCGCGCUCUCCAUGGGGUCAAUGGCGGGGAAACCCGGCCUGGAUGCAGCCUCUAUCCCGGACACUGCGUACUAUCAAGGCGUGUAUUCUAGGCCCAUCAUGAACUCUUCCUAA